AUGCCUUUGAGUCCUCUAUUGGCAGCACUUUGUGAGUACUGGAGGUUUGAAGUGGCCGUGAGUGUGGACUUGGGGAUGUCUGUGGACUCCAUGGUCCCCGUGAUCGAGGCUCUGACUCAUAUGCCUCUGACUAUCGUGAUUUUCAAGGCCAAGUCAAAAUAUUCUCCAGAACUGCUCAAAUACCGGUUGCCCCUCUACCUGGCCUCGCUCUUCAUCAGCCUCGUUUUCCUGCUGGUGAAUUUAACCUGUGCCGUGCUGGUGAAGACGGGACAUUGGGAGAGGAGGGUCAUCGUCUCCGUGCGUGUGGCCAUUAAUGACACACUCUUCGUGCUGUGUGCUGUCUCCCUCUCCAUCUGUCUCUACAAAAUCUCCAAGAUGUCCUUAGCCAACAUUUACCUGGAGUCUAAGGGCUCCUCCGUGUGCCAAGUGACCUCUGUCGGUGUCACCGUGAUCCUGCUUUACACCUCUCGGGCCUGCUACAACCUGUUCAUCUUGUCAUUUUCUCAGAACAAGAACAUCCAUUCCUUUGAUUAUGGCUGGUACAACGUAUCAGACCAGGCAGAUUUGAAGAAUCAGCUGGGAGAUGCCGGCUACGUCGUAUUUGGAGUGGUGCUUUUUGUGUGGGAACUCCUACCUACCACUUUAGUAGUUUACUUCUUCCGAGUUAGAAAUCCUACAAAGGACCUUACCAGCCCUAGAAUGGUCCCCAGCCACGGAUUCAGUUCCAGAUCUUAUUUCUUUGACAACCCUCGAAGAUAUGACAGUGAUGAUGACCUUGCCUGGAACAGUGCCCCUCAGGGACUUCAGGGAAGUUUUGCUCCAGACUACUAUGACUGGGGACAACAGACUAACAGUUUCCUGACACAAGGAGGGACUUUGCAACGAGAUGUAGCUUUGGAUCCUGACAAACCAAGCCAUGGAUAGCACCAUUUAACAGUUUUCUGGAAGAUUCCUCAGUUGAAAAGCUUCAGAAAGACACAGUUAAUGACAGCUGAAUUUUUAGGACACUUUUUCUUAAGAAAUAGGACUUGAUUUUUGUUACAGGUUUCUAAUGGCUGCACAGGACUAAGCAAUAAUUUACAUUGAUAAACCCUUAUUUUAGUACUAAAAAGUGAGCCUGGCUAUUUCAGUGGGUAUAAUUUAAACUUUUUAAAAAGAAAAUCUGUACUUUUAUAAAGAUGUAUUUUAUAUAACUUAAAUAAUAAUGCUAAAGUGUACUAGGGUUUUUUCUUGAGAAUCUUGUAGUUUGCACAGACUUUUAUGCAUAAUUCACUUUAAAAGUAUAAAAUAUAUGGUCUAAUAGUUUCUUAAGGCUUUUGGACCAAAGUAUUCCUUAAAUCCUUACCUCUUCGGGUCUCAUAUUCUGAGCUCCACAUGGGUAACUUCUGAAAUACAGUUGACAUCUAGAAAGCCAAUAGCAACUCCAAAGUUGAAAGUUCAACUGAAAUGGUGCAUCAACAGACUAUAAGGUAACUGGCUCUUUAGAGUUUCCUUAAGGUCCAGAUGGCUGGACCCUCAAAGAAUCUCUUGGAUUUUGCCAAAAGUCUGGUACUUCCUUUCAAUAGGUCACUAAUGGAUACACUUCAAUGAUAAGUUGACAAUGUUAAAAAUGUAGCUGACUUACACUAUUAAACCUCCUCUGCUAUACUCGUA